GUGAAUGGGAGAUCCUCAACGCCACCGGCGCCAAGGGCAGCCGGCGGGACGGUAUCUACUGGUACCCCUUCGUUACCUACUCCUUCAUCCUCAAGAGGCUUCCCUUGUUCUACACACUCUUCCUCAUCAUCCCCUGUCUCGGUCUGUCCUUCCUGACCGUGUUGGUGUUCUACCUCCCGUCUGAUGAAGGAGAGAAGCUGUCUCUGUCCACGUCGGUCCUGGUGUCUCUCACCGUSUUCCUCCUCGUCAUKGAAGAGAUUAUACCUUCCUCCUCCAAGGUSAUCCCUCUGAUUGGAGAGUACCUCCUCUUCAUCAUGAUCUUCGUCACCUUCUCCAUCAUCGUCACGGUGUUUGUCAURAACGUCCACCACCGCUCCUCAGCCACCUACCACCCCAUGGCCCCCUGGGUGAAAAACCUCUUCCUCCAGAGGCUACCCAGACUGCUUUGCAUGAGGGGACACACUGACAGGUACCACUACCCAGACAUUGAGCUGCGUAGCCCAGAGCUGAAGCCCCGCGGAGGUCCAGGAAGGAGGGGGGCGUCGGGCCAGGGCCAAGCCCAGCAGAGAGGCCCUGUCGGGGGGAAGGAGGAUGAGAACCAUGCCUGGUUGGCCAUGCUGGAGAAAGCCACCAGCUCAGUACGGUACAUCAGCCGUCACAUCAAGAAGGAACACUUUAUCAGAGAGGUGGUGCAGGACUGGAAGUUUGUGGCUCAGGUUGACAGGAUCUUAUUGUGGGUGUUCCUCACUGUCUCCAUACUGGGUACCAUCCUCAUCUUCACUCCAGCCAUCACUUUGUACCUGACCACCCCCCCCUUCAACACAUAGACCCUAACCCUACACCCUACCCCCUACAUCCUACAACAUAUAAUCACUAGACCCUAACCCCACAUCCUACAACAUAUAAUCAGUAGACCCUAACCCCUACACCAGGGCUGUUCAAUGUCGGUCCUGGAGGCCCCAACACUUCUGUUUUCAUCCUCUCCUCUAAUAAGGACUAGUUCAGACCUGGGACACCGGGUGAGUGCAACUGACUGGAAUUGAACAGCCCUAAGCCCUGCCUACAUCAGGGGUAUUCAAACUUACCCAAUGAGGUCCGGAGACUGCUUGUUUUCAGAUUUUUAUUUGAAGGCUCUACUCCCUAACACAGUGUUUCCCAAUCCUGGUCCUAGGGACCCAGAAGGGUGCACAUUGUGGAUUUUUCCCCAGCACCAAUACACCUGAUUCCACUAAUCAGGUUUGCAGUGUGUUGGUGCCAGUAGUACUAAGUCAAAAUACUGGUUGGUGCUGGGACCAGGACCAGGAUCAGGAAACACUGCCCUAACCCCACACCCUACAUCCUAAACCCUACACCCUACAUCAUAAACCCUACACUCUACACCCUAACCCUAC